AUGUUACCGGAUGUUAAGGUUGACAAUACCGGAGGUAUGCCUUUUAAGCUCUGUUAUCCGGACUCUUCUAUUUGGACAGAAUACCCGUGUCGUGUCGUGUCCACACUGCUUUGUGGCAAAACUUGUGAUACAGGAUUGAUUAACAGUUAUGAUUUUGCAGAGGCAACAAGAGUUAGCAUUCCCAGGAACCCAGCCAUUUUCCCUCAAAGAGGAAGGAGGAUGUGGAAUUAUUUAAGGCAAAAUGCUUAUCAUGUUACAUGGAAACCUAGUAAUGAGACACGUUACUUGAUGCUAAUUAAAUUGGAUGCGAGCUAUUUGAUUGAUGAACACUUCAAUUUCAGAAAGGUGGCUGGCAGUCAGCAUCGGCUUUACCUCUUUGAUGAUGCAGAGGAAAGAAUAUGGAGAGAGGAUCUUACUGUGGGAUUUCAAGCUUGUCUUUCUGUCAUCAUUGUUAAUCCUCUUGAUGUUGUCAAGCAAACCCACACUCCCCUACCUCCUGAUCCUGGAGGGGAAAUAUUAGAAAAUGAAGCUUUACCAUCUGUGCCCAUUCAUGUUGUGACACAAGCAUCCCAGCUUCCUGCCGAAUUUUUGGAGCCUUCUCCUCAGGGAAAACUUGUUAUCGGUUUUGACUGUGAAGGUGUCGAUCUAUGUCGCCAUGGAACUCUUUGCAUAAUGCAGCUUGCUUUUCCAGAUGCAAUAUAUUUGGUCGAUGCAAUUGAGGGUGGUGAAGCACUUGUGAAAGCCUGUAAGCCUGCACUUGAGUCUGAUCACAUCACCAAAGUUAUUCAUGACUGCAAGCGAGAUAGUGAGGCCUUAUAUUUUCAAUUUGGCAUCAAGUUGCACAAUGUUGUGGACACCCAGAUAGCCUACUCUUUGAUCAAGGAGCAAGAAGGACAGACUCGAGCACCUGAUGACUACAUAUCAUUUGUUGGCCUACUUGCUGACCCUACUUAUUGUGGGAUAUCAUAUGCUGAGAAGGAAGAAGUAAGAGUUCUCCUGAGGCAGGACCCUAAGUUCUGGACAUAUAGGCCACUUUCGGAUCAGAUGAUUCGUGCAGCUGCAGAUGAUGUCCGUUUUCUUCUUUCAAUCUAUAAUAGGAUGGUGGAGAAAUUAAAUGAGAGAUCUUUGUGGUAUCUUUCUGUCCGUGGUGCACUCUACUGUCGAUGUUUCUGUACUAAUGACAAUCAUUAUGCAGACUGGCCGCCUCUCCCUCCAGUUCCAGAGCAUUUGCUUUCUGAGGAUAAUACCCCAGAGGAAGAAGUCCUGUCAGUGCUAGAUGUACCCCCAGGAAAAAUGGGACGUGUUAUUGGGAAAAGAGGAGCUACUAUAUUGUACAUUAAGGAGUCAUGCAAUGCUGAAAUAUUCAUUGGAGGAGCAAAGGGGCCUCCUGACAAGGUUUUCAUUAUUGGACCCGUGAAGCAGGUGAGGAAAGCAGAAGCAAUGUUAAGGGGCAGAAUGCUGGAUAUAUAUUAG